CGAGUUUGACGGAGACAACUCCACACUGAAGUUGUCUGCUUGUAACCUCCUUAGCAGGUUCUAGGGCUAAAGUGCGGCCCAACUUAUAACUUUGUCUGGUCAAGAAGGGUCUGAUCGACGCGCUAGUUGUGUGUGGAUGGCCCAUUAUUUUUACGUUCACGGGCAUAUGUCUGUUUCUGAAAGUGGGUGCCCGCGUACUUGACGUCAGAACCGGAUGGGAUACAACGUCAGGCGAGCCCGAUUUCACGUCCGAGCCCCUUCUACGACUUUCAGUCCCCGGCAGUAUCUCUUACUGGUUCUACGACUGUUGUAGCGCCUUCUUAUAAGGACACUAUCUAAUCUCUAGUUUCAGCAGCAGCGGCCUCACCAUGCCUGUGAUGAGCCUGGGAGACGAGCUCCCCAACUUCUACUUGGGGAACAACGUGGAGGAGGGCAACCUGCACGACUUCAUAUCGGGAUCUUGGGCCGUGCUGUUCUCCUACCCUCGCUCCUUCACUCCCAUCUGCACCACAGAGCUCGGAAGGGCGGCUCAGUUGGCGCCGGAGUUCGCUAAGCGCGGCGUGAAGAUGUUGGCUCUGUCCUGCGACGAUGGAGACAGCAACAAGGACUGGGUUGAGGACGUGAAGACGAACGCAGGUAUCGAGGGAGACUUCCCCAUCCGGCUUGUGGCGGACCAGGGCCGGCAGAUCGCCAAGGCGCUGGGACUGAUCGACCAGGACCAGCCGAACGACGUCACACUGCCCAUCACCUGUCGCGCUGUCUUCGUCAUCGGUCCCGACAAGAGACUGCGCAUGUCCCUGAUCUACCCGUCAAGCUGCGGACACAACUUCGAGGAGAUCCUGCGGUCCAUCGACUCGCUUUUUAUGGUGGAGUCGUGGGUGGUGGGCACGCCCGCGGACUGGAAGCCGGGGGAUGACGUCAUGGUCGUACCCAGCAUCCCAACGAAGGAAGAGCCCACCCGUUUCCCGAAGGGGGUGACCAGGAUCCCGCUACCUUCCGGAAAAGACUACAUGCGCAUCACCCCCCAUCCCUGAAAUGGGCAGGACCCAUUCGUACGGUACUUCGUUCGAUUGUCACUUCGUUCGAAUGUUACUUCGUUCGAAUGCUAGUUCCUUCGAAUGCUAGUUCGUUGGUAUAUAAACCAGAGCUUGUCCUUUCUUCAGAGUUUGAUGCAUAAUAAAUGUUUUGAACAUCGUAUUUCUGGUACAAACCGCGUCAAAGCUUUAGCCAGCGAUGCCAACAACUAUAACGCUAUAUCUAUUGAAACACCAUGGAGAUUGUUGUAUCAGAAAGUAAAGAUCCAGUCUCUAAGAUUUGGUAACGAUAACUUAAUGAGCCUUCAUAGAAAGAGGCAACCCCAUGUGGUGUAAAAGAGGUACUCAGUCAUCACACUACAUACAAAAUAGGAAGUCAUUCAUAUAUUCACAAACAAGGACAAAAAAGCAACCAUGUAAUCUCAAGAUAAAUACAUUUAUUGGCACUUUUAUUAUUUAUAUACAAUCAAUAUCCAUAUAUGACAACAGAAGUCUCACAGAUGAAGCUACAUGGCCAAAAUCUGAGAAAUUUUGUGUGUAAGAGAGACGUUCCAAAACAUUCUUGGUCAAACCUCUGCAAUAUCUUAAUUUGUAAAGUUUUGUUCAUGACUCUUGUUCAUGUGAGCUUUAGGUCACACCAUAUUAACUUCUUGGUAAUCUGCUUUGCCCACUACAAUUGUUCAAUUUGAAAGAAGAAAAAAGUUGACAGGUACAAUUUUGGUUAACGUUAACACAGUUACAUGUCAACAUAAAAAUGCUCACAUUUUGGUGCCAACAGUUGAAUAAAAUCUUAGUUGCUGAAGUUUUUAUCUAUCUAUGUUUAAUUGCAAGAUGUUCAAUGGUCUUUCUUUGAAUUAUUUGGGUAUCAGAAGUUUCCUCAUUGUUCUUCACUUGUUUUGUGCAAAAUUCCAAGAAAUCAAAUUGGUGUGACCUCAACACAUCUUUUUGUUCGUACAAAUAUUUGGCUAUCGCUACUGCAUCCAUGUACGAAACAACAAAUAAAUCUUCAGGAAAUAUAAUCUCUCUUGUCGUACAAACUUUUGUUCAUUCUUCAAACUCUUGUAAGAAACAUCAGUGUACUUUGUUCCACGUGUUACGGUUCCUUCAAAGCUAAAGGGAAGACCUUCUGUACUUGACAACAGUUUUCUAGAACACAGAGGCAACACUGCUUUAAUAUACACUGGUUCAAUUGAUGGCAGCUUAACUGACUUACAAGCUGCACACCAUUGUCUUUAGCCUCUACCAGGCUUGAGGAGGCGGCUGGACAGAGUAGAAAUCGGCCAGAUAGAGAUAGCAUGCCUUCGGGAGCGCCAAACUGUUCUCUCUAGCAGACCAACUCCCUUGGCAUGCUAUCUUUCUAUCUGGCCGUUUUCUACUCUUUCCAGCCGCUUCCCGAAGCCAGGUAGAGGCAACAUUGUCUUAGGACACAAGAACAAAACAGUUCUGAGCAAGACA